UGGCGCAAGCUGGCGAUGGCGUUGUCAUGCCUCUAGGCCACCCCGACGUGCUCAGCCUACCUCAAAUUGAAGAUGGCCUUGGUGAUCUGGUCGACGACCUCAGCUGGAUCACUGGCAUUGUCUCAUCCAAGAAUGCUUGAAGCAAUUGCCAUCACCAUUCGUUCCAAGGACCCUCGUGUACUCUCUGUACAAGAAUCACGACAAACCAUGUACUACACAACCACUUUUCAUUAUUGCAUAGCUUUCGGCGCUCAACCUUUUUUUUGCCCUUCACAUUUACACGGGGUUUGGACUUUACGGGACAGGAAUCUGUUUUUACAACACAUGGUUCCGUUUACCACCAUGGGGAGUCCCGCUGUUCCUUUUCGUACAGCAACAACAACAACGCUUGGGCGGGACACGACAGGCACGAGGUAUAAUCUUCGAGUUGGACAUUUUAUAAACUUAGACUUGGGCGGUACAAGAUCUCGCGAUCUAUUUGUUUACAUUUAGGAUCACGACUUUUUCUCCGGGGUUUUUUUUUUUUGCUUUCCCUUUUCGUGCAGCCGAAAGCAGGCCGCACAGAUGUACCAUGUACGACGACGGGAAGGGAGCUACGAUACGAGCACAGAUAGUUGACGCAAGGGACACACAGGCAUUAUUGCACUGCCUCCUCGAAAAGAGAAAUCAAAACUUUAUUCGUUCCAUUACGAACUUUUGCGUAAAUCGGCUGGCGUGUGUGUGUGUGUGUGUGUGUGUGUGUG